AGUAAAAAGUCAUUGCAAGUGAUGGCGGGCAGCAGAUUUACUGUGUUACUUUUAGGUUUUUGCGGCAUUGCUGCAGCGCAGAUAAGUCCGAACUUUUGUCCGCACGAACAACCAAGCGUUACGUACAAGGCCUGGUCUUCCGAAACUAGCUGGGAUUCAGGAAAAGUGCCAGACGCUAACACUGACGUAGCAUUAAAUGACGGAAUCUAUCUUGUUGACACGUCGGUUGACGUCAGAAGCAUCACCGUUGGCAAGGACGCCACCUUAGUGUUUAAGGAUGUCGACCUUAAGGUCAGGACCCGCUACAUCCUGGUCCGUGGUGCGCUUUAUCUCGGCUCGGAAACGUGUGAACUGAAAAGCGUCAUUGAUAUUACACUUUACGGUGACAAAGGUGAUGUUUCCAUACCUAGUUUUGGAGAGAAAUUUAUUGGAGUAGAAAGUGGCGGAGUUCUCCAUCUACAUGGGUCCGACAAAAGGCCGUGGACAAAACUAACCCAGACCGUGCAGAAAGCAAAGAACGGAGAAAUCUCCGAUAUUUAUAAUGACGACGGUGUCAAAAAAGCAAAGUUCCAAGGAAUUGUAAUGUAUGUCUGGGACGCAACUUCCGGUCAGCUGGAGGAAGCCAAGGGUGUCUACGCCGCGGGUCGGUAUACGAUUACCAAAUCCGGAAAUCAGUGCGAGGCGGACGAGGAUGCCAAACAGUUUGAAGAAACGCUUAAAGCUAUCCCUGACGGUAAAAUUGUUGGACUUGCUUUAAUACGACAUCUUCUUCAUAGAGGUAACGUCAAUUACGCCAUGUUCUACGAGAUCUUUGAAAACUUCGCUUUUGGACAAGUGACGGGCAACAGCGAAAUACGGAAUCUACGUCUUCAUGACGCUUGGUCAUUUGUCAUGAAGAAAGGUGACAUCGCUUCCUCCCAAGAGUUGUUUUUGAAAGACGAUAAAGUAAAACUGGAGCGAGCUGCUGAGGUCUACCACUAUGAGAAUAACAUCAAAUUCACCGUCAGGAGCUGGGUCCACACUAUUCGUCGUGGUGCCUGCUACGCCCGCGGAAAGAGCGCCCAGGCUGACAUUGCCGAUCCAAAAUUAUCCCUAACGAAUGACGUCAGUUCCUGGAAAGAUGGCGAUGAAGUGGUCCUGCUGUCCACCGAUUAUGAUCCUAAACAAGCUGAGGUGACCACCAUUAAGGAAUGUACUGAAUGUGGACCGAAUGAAGCAAGAAUUAAUCUUGAGCCCAUGUUCACUCACUUUGGGCAAAUGGUUAAUGGUGUCGAUAUGCGAGGAGAAGUUGCUCUACUUAGCCGUAAUAUAAAAAUCCGAGGGGCUCCGGCUGCCAAUAGCAAGACACUCGGGGGACAUAUCAAGGUCCUGAAGGGUUUCAAAGAAGCACAGGUGGAGAAUGUGGAACUCGUUAACAUGGGGCAGUUGGAUACACUAGGAAAUUAUCCAUUCCAUUGGCAUAUGUGUGGUGACGUCACAAACUCUUACAUCCGGGGUAGUGUUAUCCGGGACUCCAACGCACGUUGUGUAACAGUCCAUGGUACCAAUGGGGCUGUG